AGUAAGACGCGUUCAACAUCGCGUCGAACACUUUCAGCAUCCACACGGCAAACUCUUAAAAUACACAUUAGUUGAUAAUUUUCCUCGCCAGUGAAACACCUCCAUGAAUUUCAACAAAAAUGAUCCACUAAGGUCGAAAUGGGUUUUAUUAUUUUUCAAACGACAUGAAUCUGACCAUCCGAGACGAUGAGCUUCAAACAAAGAAUACCCCCCGAUAAUACCGAACAAAAUCUUGGCUGUGAUCCAACCACGAAUACUUCUAAGCGGAAUAGUGGUCUUUUUGCUUUCUUAAAAUGGUUCAAGCCCUCCACGUCCCGAGAAUCCAUAGACACGGAUUUACAAAUAUCUCACUCAAGCAGCUGUGAUAGCAUAAAUUCCUCCCAUAGUGUCGGUACGGUGGCUUCUUUUUCUUUUAUUGCACCUGGUGAUUAUAAAAAUUGUGUUUCGGAAAAGUGCAUCGCCCUCGGACCUGAAACUGAUACAUACAAAGCAAGACUGAAACAAAGGGAUAAAAUCAGGGAACGCGACAAAGAUAAAAAUCUCACAUUACGCAAAAAAUAUAAUUUAUUUUUCAAUAGAGAUUCUUUAUUGAAAACGAAAACUAAAAAAGUGGAAAUUGAAAAUUCGAAAAGUUUACCGUUAAUGACGAAGGCUGUUAUGGAAGAAACUCAAGAGGGAGUUAACAAAGUGGUACAUCGUCGAACAAACAGUGAAUCGUCAAAAAUUAAAAAAGCGGGAGCGUACGUUCACGUGAAAGGUAAGAGGAAAGCCCCACAACCGCCAAACUCGAAAAAUCCAACUGACGACUCAUCUAGUUUAAGAAGAAAAAAACGUGUAGCACCUCCGCCUCCGCCUCCACCUCCGAUGGCUUCCGAAGAAAAACAAAUAAUAGAAGAAAAGACUGAUAAUACCGUGUACGAAGACGUAGGAGUGAUUUGUAAUGAUUCCUUAAAAUUAGAUCACGGAAUAUUACGAUCGCUCAAAGAAUCAGAUGCGAUUCAAAAUAGCUCAUCGCUUUCCCCCUCUUCGGCAAGGUCGAGCGUCGUCGAGGCUCCCGUCUCACCUAGAGCAUGGUAUAAAAGAAACAUAACCGACAAAACAAAAAAAGAAAAUAGAUACGAACCUAUAGAAAUAUUACCCGAAGUUCCCUUUUCGCGAAAUUCCACUUUAGAUUUAACCACCGAUGACAACAAAAUAGAAAGAAAAAAAGACGAUAAAAGAAAAUCGGGUAUGACUUUUCUCACUAAUAUAAGCGAAUUAGAUAGAGAAGCAUACGAAAUAGUUAAAAAUAAAGAAUCGGUAUCGAAUCUAGAGGAAAUACCGGAAUUUAUGCGGCCGAAAAAUACCAAAGCGGAACAAGAAGAAUGGGUCGUAUCACCAAAAAGAAGAUCGGCCAGGGAUCUAAUAGCUAAAUUUAACGCCAUAACUAACGUUAGAAAGGGAGUUUUCGGCUCUCAAAAAGUUGAAAAACAAACCAGUCUAGAUGAAACUAAACGUAGACAGGAAUUCUUAUUGGAAAACCAUAAAAAACGUUUGGAAGAAAUCGAUAAAAAAAAUACUCCUCUAAUGAAAUCGGAAAGUGCUAGUGCUAUUAAACCCAAAAAAGAAACGCCAAAAUUAGAAAAAAAAAGUUGGCAGUGUCCAAAGUGCAACGUAGAAAACGAUUAUUGGAGAAUUAUAUGCCACGUGUGUUCAAACAUUAAACCGUAUUUCGACGAUUUUUCCUCAACACCCAAACUUGAUAAAAAAGAAGAAAAAAGCGUUCCAAAAGAAACUACGCCUCCGAAGAAAAUAGAAAUGAAUUUCGAAAGAUCAAAAACUCAAAUUGGAUUUUCCGCCCUUAUAAACUAUAAUAACAAAUUAAAAACCGGAAAUUCCUCUAAUAUAACCGACGAAAAAAUAGAAGAUAAUAAAAAAGAAGAAAAAGAGAAACUAAAAAAGAUGUUGAUCGAUAUGAAAAACUCUUUACCGAAAAGAAAAUCGCACAUUUCACAAAGAAAGAACGCGUCUAGUAUUAUAUUCGAAAACACUGAAGAUAUAAUUAAAAAUAACGAAGAAAAUAAAGACGAAUCGAUGAAUAAGACCGAUGUUAAAACACAAGAAGAAAAAGUAGCGGAAAUUUUAAUUGGAACAACCACAACAGUUUAUGAAAAUAUCAAAUUAAAAAAAACUGAUAAUCCGAAACCACUAAAAGUAUCUACUUCAGCUCAAACGACCGCCGCGGUCAAACAACAACUUCCAGCUUCGACCAUAACUAAUUUAAUAGAAGAUCAAAGGAACAAAAAGGAUUUCAAGUUGAUGCAAUCCAAAGAUUUUGAAAAUAUCUAUUCGCAAUCGAGUCAAUCAGCUGCCAAAAUGUACGCGAAUCUAGUCAGGAACGACGAACUUUCUCUCUUUUUCAAUAUCCCGAAGAAUGUGAAGAAAGACGAAAAAACUUGUAGAAAUUUAAACAGAACAGAUAGUCUGCAGAUAAAUAGAUUGUUAAAAAAAUUGGAGGUGUCCAUUUCGAAAGGAGAAUUGACCGACGCGUCCAACAUUGCGCGGGAAUUGGCUUUACUUAAAGUGAAUUGUUCCGUUAUUAGACAUAAGACGUUAGCUUCCAGGGAAAAAACUAAAAAAAUACAAAUUGAAAUGUACGUUGAAGAUAAAGUUUCCCAUAGAGGACCGUUUCCAGUUGAAGUAACACCGGACCAAACAUUAGCACAACUGAAAACCCAAAUAGAAAAAGAGUUUGAGAUACCAGUAGCAUUCCAAAGAUGGAUACUGGGUAAAGAAUUGGUGACUGAUGAUAGCGCCCGCUUGAAAGACUACGGUUUAGUCAAAGAAGGUUGUCCAGUAUUUCUGUAUUUGGUAGCACCAGAAAAAACGACGGAUGUCAAAAAAACAACGGAUACAAGAGACAUGCCUUCUACGUCAAAAGAUAAAAGUGUAGUGAAAAUUACAGAAUCAAAAGUAAAAACAAACAUCACAAUAAACAAUAACCAAAAUGAUAGUUUCACUAAGAUAGAUGAAAAUACUGGAGGAAAUCACACACCAAAGAUAGUUGACGUAAUACCAAAAGUAACGGAAUUAGUGACGAAAAUGCCUAACGUUGUCAACGUAUCAAAAGAAGACGUAGAUAAAACUAAAUCUACAAGAGUCGAAGUAAAAGUUUUUCAAAAACCUCCUAUUCCAGUAGAAGUUUUUAAAGUAGAAAUCAAAACCGCACAACCACCGGAGAUAGAACCAAUACCAAAACGUACCAAAAACAUAAUUACAGAAACAAAUAUUCAAAAACCCAUACACGAGAUGAUUCCCGAAAAAGAACCGCCAAGAACACCCAAAGAAAACGUACUAGAUCCAACAUUAGAAGUAAAACCUAUAGUCCAGCACGUUUUUCCUACAAUUCAAAAUUCCUAUCAACUUCAAUCACAACGAGAUGUUUCAACAAAACCUAAAAUUUCUCAACCGGAACGUAAAUCUUCCACUGAAGAACCAAAAACUGCAACACAAUUACCACCAAGUACAUCUAACAACCCUCCAAAAGCAAAAGAAGAAGAAGAUUUCUCAGAUUACGAAUCGAAAACUCUGAAACCUCAAAAAGAAUGGGAAUGCCAUUUGUGUACAUUACUGAACCCGAUUACUAGUAAUAUCUGCGCAGUUUGUUCCACCAUAAGACUGAGAACGAAAGUGGAAACAGUAGAAGAAAAACAAAUCGAAAAGAAGCAAGAAGAAACUACGAAUAUAAAAGAAGAAACUCGAGCAUUAACUUAUAUGCAAUUACUCAAUUUAGACAAUACCGAUUUAAUAGAAAACGCAGAUACGUUCACUUGUUUGGUAUGCUUCUUAGACGUUGGUCCGAAAGAAGGAAUCACGCUUCGAGAAUGCUUACAUCAAUUUUGUAAGCCUUGUUUGGCGCAAACCAUCGAAUUUUCCGACGAAGCCGAAGUUAAAUGUCCUUAUAGGGACGAAAACUACGCUUGUAAUAUCAGUUUGCAGGAUAGAGAAAUUAAAUCUUUAGUAAGUUCCGCGGUUUACGAGCAACAUCUCGCGAAAUCGGUCGCUCAGGCCGAAAACAAAAUUGAUAAUUCGUUUCACUGCAAAACGCCAGAUUGUAAAGGUUGGUGCGUUUACGAGGAUAACGUCAACGAAUUCAAAUGUCCAGUUUGCAGAAGGACAAAUUGUUUAACUUGUCAGGCGAUUCACGCCGGUAUGAAUUGCCGCCAAUUCCAGGAGAAAAUAAAGGAUGACGCUAAUCUUGACGAAGGUGGUAAAAAGACAAAAGCCAUGUUAGAAGAAAUGGUGCAAAAAGGAGAAGCGAUCGAAUGUCCGACUUGUAGGGUGAUUCUAAUGAAAAAAUGGGGUUGUGAUUGGUUGAGAUGUUCCAUGUGUAAAACUGAAAUUUGUUGGGUGACUAGAGGACCUCGAUGGGGACCUAUGGGUAAAGGUGAUACUUCAGGUGGUUGCCAGUGCGGUGUGAACGGCGUCAAAUGUCAUCCCAAGUGCAAUUAUUGUCAUUAAAUAAAUUCGUUUUUUUUUUAUUCUCGAAUAUUCAUCAAAUUAUUCUGUUGAAACUGCAUUUUAGAGGAUUUUAAAAUAAAUUCGUCUUGCAAAGGAAAGAAAAAUGUACAAACAUAUUUAUUUGAAUCAUUGGAAGCAAAGUGUUCAAUAUUUUAUAAAAAUCAACAAUUUUUAUGACACGUCAGACAAAAAAAAACUGAAAAUAAAUUAAAUUAUAAUGACA